UCUGCCGCUCUGUGAAUAAUUUAUGUGAGACGUCUUUCGAUUCGGCCUACGUUAUGUUUUCUCAAGAAACAGUUUCUUGAGACGUUCCAUUUGUUCGUUUCAAAGAUUUCACGAGGGAGCCAUACUCCGUUCGGUCUCGUCUGUCGCGGUGCUUAUCCUCAGGGAAAAUAGUAGAAAACAAUUUUGUCUGGUCUCAUUCUUUAAGUGUUAACCUAGUGUUGCGAAAUCUUGAAUCAACAAGUGUGGCUCAUAAGGAACUUUUGGGUGAUUAAAGGAUCAUGGCCAAGCAUCAUCCUGAUCUCAUCAUGUGUCGGAAGCAGCCAGGGAUAGCCAUCGGCCGUUUGUGUGAGAAAUGUGAUGGGAAGUGUGUCAUCUGUGACUCUUAUGUUCGCCCAUGCACCCUUGUACGUGUGUGUGACGAGUGCAACUAUGGAUCAUUCCAGGGAAGGUGUGUAAUAUGUGGUGGAGUCGGGAUAUCUGAUGCUUACUAUUGCAAAGAAUGCACUCAGCAGGAAAAAGAUCGUGAUGGGUGUCCCAAGAUUGUUAAUUUGGGAAGUGCCAAGACCGAUCUGUUCUAUGAACGUAAAAAGUAUGGAUUUAAGAAAAGAUGAUCCAUAUCCAAUUUUCAUAUGAUGAUUAGCAUUAUAAUGAGACUGCUGAAUUCAAAACCCCUGUAGUAGUUUAAAUAUAUUAGUGCUGCCAAAGUUGGUGGCAGUCCGUUUCAACAUUUCCUAGUUCUCAUAUAAGUAGAAUGUACUGGAGAAUUAAAGAAGCAAUGCAAAAUUGUAAAGACCACACGAUCUUCUUGCCAUCACGGAGUUGUAUUGAAUAGCCUCCAUGCUUCAGAAAAGGUUCAUUCUACUUUCUGAUAUCAA